CCUGAGUCAUGUCAUAGUGACUCAAAUGACGGCAGCUACAACUCCUCCUCCCUGACACACAACUCCUCCCACAGCUGUCGCCAGGGCAACGUGGUGGACACGCUGCUAACCACGGCAGGCCUCCCACUGGCCCAUACUACGGCAAAGACCAGUGCAAAAUGCAGCAUUACUAGUGAGUGGUUUCUCUACUGUGCAAUAACUUGAAUGUCUAUUCAGUUACUAUUGCAAUAAUUGUCCCUUGGCUUUGGGGAUGAAUACAGUCUAUUGAAUUUAAUUUAAAGAGGUAUUGCGUCAAUGGGUGCUGAUGAGAUGUUUUGUCUCUUUGUUUUUGCAGAAAUCAACGGCCUGGUGCUGCUGUGUAAGGUGUGUGGAGACAUUGCAUCUGGAUUCCACUACGGGGUCCAUGCCUGUGAGGGCUGCAAGGUGAGAAUACACACACACACACCUAAUCAAUGUUGUGCCUCAAUAUCAUAGUUAAGGUGAGAGAGCAAGGGUGCGAUGACAUAAUAGGACGGUAGCCAAACUGGGUCAACUCAUCACAGCAGCCACCCUCAUCGAACUCGGACUGCUUUAAAUAGUUCUGCCUUAUUUUUAACUCUUCGACCUCUAAAACCCAGAGGCAUCAUGCAACCUAAUACACUGUUUUAGGGGUUUAAUUUUUUGAUGGCCAAAUUUGAUAUCAAAUAAUUAAUAAACUGUAAAAUAAAGAAUAUCUUCUAGAUUUUCAGCAUACAAAUGGACAAAGUGCAAAACCCCCCCAACUCGGAUGUAACUCUAGAAAAAGGCCCACUGAUUCAAAUUGAAUGAAAACUCUGACUCACCAAUGUGUCUGUCUGUGUGUCUCUAGGGUUUCUUCCGUCGGAGCAUCCAGCAGAACAUCCAGUAUAAGAAGUGCCUGAAGAACGAGAGCUGUGCCAUCAUGAGGAUCAACAGGAACCGCUGCCAGCAGUGUCGUUUCAAGAAGUGUCUGCUGGUCGGCAUGUCCAAAGACUGUAAGUUCCCAUUACCUUCUUUAACUACAUCCCCUCUCCAGUCACAAUAAUACAUGGUUUAUUACCAUUAUCAUGGGUUCAAUAAAUAUGUAGUUGAGAAAAAAUAAGAUGAAGAAGAAAGAGUCGGUUUGUUAGAUUUCAAACAAGGAUUUACAGUAUUUGAUCAUUAUCAGUAGACUUUCAAACAUGUUUGACUUUAUCGCACAAAAUCUGUAAUGCUCUUGUAGUGUGAGAUGUGCAAUGACAAGUUUUGAGAACGGUGAUCAGCAAUAACCAAUGAGGGCUCGCUAGAGAAGAAGCCAGUGAGAUGAUGACGUUGUUUUGCGUCACCCAGAAUGUGUAGACUCUCCAGCAGAGCCAUGACUACUACUAGUAUGCGUUUGUACUUGCCUUUAACCAAAGCCAAAGUGUAAAAUCGUUACAGCUCUGAAGUUCACAAUCAAUGUUAUUCAAUUCAAAAUGUUGCCUAGAUAUUUCAACUCUGUAUGGCAAGCUUGAAUGACUUAACGUUUGAGGCUGCUUUGAGCCACAGCUCAUAGCUACAUUAAAUCUAAGCACAUUAUUUUUUUCGUGAGACAGCGUUGUAUUGAGAAUCCUCACGACCAAGUGAAGGAUCUUGUAGUGAGUGACCACCGUCUGUGCCACAUUGUUUAGUGUGCGCACCACUACGUUGGCAACACAAAAAAAACGACAGGAAAGAUGGUUGUUUAAUGUGAGAGGCUCAGCGACGUUAGGAUUUUGAAAGUCGUGUAGUGUCCACACGGCUUAAACGUUGCCUCCUAUCUCUUUCUCUAAUAGCUGUGCGUUUCGGCCGCAUCCCAAAGCGUGAGAAACAGCGCAUGCUGCUAGAGAUGCAGAGUGCCAUGAACAACAUGAUGAACAACAACAGCCAGCUACACAGCCAGCUCCACAGCAACACACCCGUCCCCCUGGCCAAUCAGCUUCAGGCGCCAGCCUGCCCCGGGGAGCCCCACCCCCAAGAUGUUGACUCUGGCCUAGGCUCCGCCUCUUCCUCCACCUCUCCCGCCGCUUCCCCCGGGUCCAACCAAUCAGAGGAGCCCAGCCAUCACCCAGAGUCUGCAGUCGCCAUGGAUACAAGCCCUAUAUCGGCGUCUCUGUCAAGUGGUUCAGACCACGUGUCAGAGGAGGUGAUUGGCUCGGUGACCCGGGCCCACCAGGAGACCUUCAUGUACAACCAGGCCGAUGCCCAGCCGACCUCCCCGGAGGCGCAGCAACACGUCAGUGACACUGGAAAGAGGAUAGAGGAGAGGAACCGGAACCAGCAGGAGGCCUGGAACCAGAAGAACCAGAACCAGCAGACUGACCUGGCCUCAUUCACAGCCACUGAGGUCCACGUCCAGGCUCAGGAGAGGCCCACCAACACUGGGCCUCAGGGCCCUGACAGCCACCAUCGCCAGGAGGACCACACCACCACCCCCAGCCAUUGCCCCUACGGCAGAGGUACUCCCACCACCCCCAUCCAGAACCACUGUUCCUACAGCAGAGACAGACUUCCCAACAGCUCCCCUAGUGGCAACUGCCCAGCCUACGCCCACCAUGGAGGGAACAACAGCACUAGCCAGGCCACCUCCAACUCCCAUGGAGGAUACACUGGACCACUGUGGAGCGGUGGCUACAGGAUGCAUCUGGUGAGUCCAAGAUGGACAAUGAUCGUAUGAUAUAUUUUAGUUAUAAUUUAUGCUAAUCUAUUAUAUAAUAUAUUGAUCAACUACAUUUAUUUAAAUUUUAGUCAUUUAGUAGACGCUCUUAUCCAGAGCGACUUACAGUUAGUUAGUGCAUACAUUUUCAUACUGGCCCCCCGUGGGAAACGAACCCACAACCCUGGCGUUGCAAGCGCCAUGCUCUACCAACUGAGCUACAGGGGACUUUAUAUAGCACUUUCUUCUCAAAUCACUUGAGAGAGCAGUUUGUCCAUUUGGCAGAUUGUCAAUGUAAACUACAAAUAAUAGAGGUCCAAGAUUCGAUCCCUGUGGAACACCAUACUUGAUCUCACACCUUCAGAUUGUGUUAACCUAACACAAUGUAUGUGGGAAACUCGCCUUUUCCACCAUUUAAUAAGUAUAUGAAUGAUAUGUUGCAUGUGCCUCCUUCCAACCCAAGUCCUUCUCCCCUCUCUCCAUCCUCAGCUGUGUCCCAUGAACACGUCUCCCCAUGUGAACCCCCAUAAGUCAGGCCAUGGGAUCUGGGAUGAAUUCAGCCACAGUUUCACCCCGGCCGUCAGGGAGGUGGUGGAGUUUGCCAAGCGGAUCCCAGGCUUCAGAGACCUCUCCCAACACGACCAGGUCAGCCUGCUCAAGGCUGGUACCUUUGAGGUAAAGACCAGUCUCAGAACACUCGCUUACAGUGUAUUAAAACCUCUUAUUGCAUUGUUUUACUCCAUCUUACUUCCCUAGGCUCUUCUUUUCUCCUUCUCUCCUCUCCUCUACCCCUUAUCCCCUUUCUCACGUGUAUGUGAAUGAAAACAGUAUAAAAAACAAACUGAUAUUGCUCUCAUCGAAAUGCAGUUGAUCCAGCCAAACUUAGUGUCUGCUGUCACUUCAUCAGGUGCUAGUGGUACGUUUUGCAUCGCUGUUUGACGUGAAAGACCGCACAGUGACAUUCCUGGGUGGUACCAAGUACAGCGUGGAGAUGUUACGAGCCAUGGGCGCCGGCGACUUCCUGACCUCCAUGAUGGACUUCAGCGAAAAUCUGAUGGGGCUCGGCCUCAGCGAGGAGGAGAUGAGCCUGUUCACCACCGUCGUCCUCAUCUCUGCCGGUAGGCUCAUGACCUGUGACCUUUUGAUUCACUCUUCCUGUCCCUUUUAAAUAGACUAUAUAGACACUAUAGAUCCUAUAGAAACAGACUUAAUACUGUGAGUUGUUAUGGUACUGUAUGGCUCCUUACCAAGAGAGUAGUGUAACUAUCUACAGUAUGUUUGUUGUUUGAAAGCAUACAUUGUAUUAUAGUGAGUGUUUCCUUCUUCACCAACAUCUUCUAUCCAUCUCCGUUGGUUGAGCUUCCUGUCAUAGAGACAUACGCGGAUGAAUGGUAAUCAGAGAAAAGUAUAGGAACCAAGUCUAAUAACGUUCUACUGUGGUUUUUGUGUUCUAGAUCGCUCAGGGAUUGAGAAUGUGAACUCUGUGGAGGCGCUUCAGGAGACUCUGAUCUGGCACCUGAAGGGCCUCAUCACUAAGAACCACCCCAAC